AGACCACUAUAAGAGCUAGUCCAGUGGUCAGAGGAAUCAGAUCAGUCAGUGACAGAUAACUGUGAGUGGAGUUUUAUUCUGACUAACCUGAAGAUCAUUUCAACAUGAUUUGGUUUGUUUUGUUGUUCUGUGGAUUGGCUUUGGCUCAGGAUCAGACUACUGGUUUAAGCACUGAUUCAGGGCAGUGUUUGACUGACAUUUGUGAGCUUGGGAAAAUGCUCAAUGCCAUGUCUGAAACACUUAACGCUUUAAAAACCAGAAUGAGUGACAGUGAAACCAAGCUGAGGGAGAGUGAAAAUCAGAUUCGUGGACUGAUGAACAAAGAAACAACCAGAGUGGCCUUCAGUGCAGCACUGGGAGGAAGCGGAGGAAACUUCGGACCUUUUAACACUGAAAUAACUUUAAUCUACAAAACAGUGAAAACAAACAUCGGGAACGCCUACAAUUCAGCCACAGGUAUCUUCACCGCUCCUGUGGCAGGUGUUUAUUACUUCACCUUCUUCUAUAACGCUAAUAGGGGCCAAAAACUUCUCCUGGAGCUCCACAAGAACUCAGAGAAAAUAAUCUCGGUUAUUGAGCUCAAUUCAGACACUGACAGUGAUGAUAAUGGAGGAAAUGCUGUGUUUCUUCAGCUGCAGCAGGGAGACCAGGUGUAUGUGAGAAUGAUGGAAAAUUCACACAUUUAUGGAGGCGACUACUACACAACUUUUAGUGUUUUUUGGUCUCUCAAAUGUGAGAUUGGACACUGA